GAAAGUCGCUAUCUUCUUCGAUCUGCAUCUCCACUCCAGCCAGCGCUGCUUAUCAUCAGCAUUCACGAAGCCGCCCAACGAUAAUAAAAAAUGUCAGCGCGAUCGCGCACUGCCUAUAAAACCCCGGCCGUCGCGUCCAUGGCGUUUCAGGAUCCGAGCACCAGAAAGAAGCUGAGUUAGCUAGGGUCAAGAAAGUAGUCAGCACUCAGCAGGAAAAGAAGCAGAGACUACACAUCAUGGCGAGUGACGCCGCGCAUGGUAGCUCGCUGGACGGGGUGACGCCGUCGAGCAAGUUCGACCUGCCGGUGGACUCGGAGCACAAGGCCAAGACCAUCCGCCUGCUCUCCUUCGCGAACCCGCACAUGCGUACCUUCCACCUCUCCUGGAUGUCCUUCUUCACCUGCGUCGUCUCCACCUUCGCGGCGGCGCCGCUGAUCCCCAUCAUCCGGGAGAACCUGGGCCUGACCAAGGCCGACAUCGGCAACGCCGGGGUGGCCUCCGUCUCGGGCGCCAUCUUCUCGCGCCUCGCCAUGGGCGCCGUCUGCGACCUGCUGGGCCCGCGCUACGGCUGCGCCUUCGUCGUCAUGCUGGCGGCGCCCGCGGUGUUCUGCAUGGCCGUCAUCGACAGCGCCGCGGGCUACGUCGCGUGCCGCUUCCUCAUCGGCUUCUCCCUCGCCACCUUCGUCUCCUGCCAGUACUGGACCAGCACCAUGUUCAACAUCAAGAUCAUCGGCACCGUCAACGCGCUGGCGUCGGGGUGGGGCGACAUGGGCGGCGGCGCCACGCAGCUCAUCAUGCCCUUCGUCUACGAGGCCAUCCUCCGCUGCGGCGCCACGCCGUUCGCCGCGUGGCGCAUCGCCUACUUCGUGCCGGGGAUCAUGCACAUCGCCGUGGGCAUCCUUGUGCUAACCGCGGGGCAGGACCUCCCCGACGGCAACCUCCGCAGCCUCCGGAAGCAGCAGCAGCAGCAGCAGCAGGGUGACGGCGGCGAUGCCAGCUGCUGCCGCAGGGACAGCUUCUCCAGGGUGCUCUGGCACGCCGUCGCCAACUACCGCACCUGGGUCUUCGUCUUCGUGUACGGCUACAGCAUGGGCGUGCAGCUCACCACCAACAACAUCAUCGCCGAGUUCUACUACGACCAGUUCGAGCUCGACAUCCGCGUGGCCGGCAUCAUCGCCGCCUGCUUCGGCAUGGCCAACCUCGUGUCGCGGCCCCUGGGCGGCGUGCUCUCCGACCUCGGCGCGCGGUACUGGGGCAUGCGCGCGCGCCUCUGGAACAUCUGGAUCCUCCAGACCGCCGGCGGCGCGUUCUGCUUCUGGCUCGGCCGCGCCAGCGAGCUCCCGGCCUCCGUCACCGCCAUGGUGCUCUUCUCCUUCUGCGCGCAGGCCGCCUGCGGCGCCACCUUCGGCGUCAUCCCCUUCGUCUCCCGCCGCUCGCUGGGCGUCAUCUCCGGGCUCACGGGCGCCGGCGGCAACGUGGGCGCCGGGCUCACGCAGCUGCUCUUCUUCACCACGUCCAGCUACUCCACGAGGAAGGGCAUCGAGAACAUGGGCAUCAUGGCCAUGGCGUGCACGCUGCCGCUCGUCCUCGUGCACUUCCCGCAGUGGGGUUCCAUGCUCCUGCCGCCCAGCGCCGACGCCGACGAGGAGCGGUACUAUGCCUCCGAGUGGAGCGAGGACGAGAAGAGCGUAGGCCGUCACAGCGCAAGCCUAAAGUUCGCCGAGAACAGCCGGUCCGAGCGUGGCAAGCGCAACGCCGUCGCCGUCCUCGCCACGGCCGCGGCCACGCCGGAGCACGUCGUGUAACAACUAGCGUACGUACUUGUAGGUUCUGAUCGAGCAUACAGCAAACUGUGUAAUGUACUCUAGCAGUCUAGCUUGCUCCGAUACUCCUGCUUCCAACAAAAUUAUGAAACAUAGGCUAAUAUGGAUCGGUGUACACGUACGUCGUAGUAUUUCCUGUGCAACAUACACAAUUCAGUAAAUGAACAAACUUUGCUCA